UUGUCAAUCUAUCAAAUAAUAGUUAUCAGCAAUGUUUUUGCUUAGAUCGACCAAGUUUUGCAGGGCUAAGAAAUUGCAAUCUCGACGUGUAUGGAGGAAAUUAACAUCUGUGAUCAUGUUGCGGAAAAUCAAGUUGUUAAAUUUAUAUAUGUUAUGGCUUAAGUUUAAACAAUACGAGGCGUCUCUGGUAUUGGCAUAGGAGCCCAAGAGAGGAAGGCAGUGCAAGUGUGCAAGCUGAUUAGUUAAUUAGUAUUUGGUGAUUAUACUGGACAUAUAGCUGAUAACUCCAGACCAUUCGGUUUGAUUCUUUUCCCUUUUUAAUUAUUGAUGAUUUACGAUACAAAUUAAUUAUUAUAAAAAUGGAAGCAUCACAUUGAUUUCCUAUUUCCAAAAUAUAUUUUCCACUCCAAGAAAGAAUACUCUUAGCUUUUUAUAAAUAGCCUCAUCAGCUACUUAUCCCUCGUCAACUUUACAUUCAGUUCUGUUGUGUAAUAAGCAAUAGAAAUGGCAGUCCAAGUCCAAGUCCAAGGCAGUGUUUUGGGCAACACCAACAUCCUCCUUUGCCUCUCUAAGGCUCCCUCUCCACCAUUCCCAAUGCUUAUUCCCCUACGCCUGCACAAGGCCAAGAGGUGCUGCUUUGUUGCAGCUCAUUCCACAAGCUCCACAAAGGCUGAGCCAUUAAGCAGUAACCAUCGAGAAAGUGGUCGUCCGUUGGUCAACUUUCCCCCAGACAUAUGGGGUGAUCGUUUCCUUACUCUUUCCUUUGAUAUCUCGGAACUUGAUCGGUGCUCAACACAAGUUGAAGUGUUGAAAGAAACGGUGAAAGAUAUGUUAAUGGCUUCUACAACUGAUCCUUUACAAAAUAUUCUUUUGAUAAAUUGCUUAUGUCGCCUAGGAGUUUCCCAUCACUUCGAGAUCGAAAUAGAGCAACAAUUAACUCACUGUUUUGAUACAUUAAGCCAACUCAUUCAUAAUAGUGAUAAUAAUUUGCACGAUAUCGCGAUUAUGUUUCAAGUUUUCAGAUCUCAUGGUUAUAAUAUAUCUUCAAAUAUUUUCAACAAGUUCAAGGAUGGGGAUGGUGAGUUCAAAAUUAGUGAUACAAAAGGGAUGAUAAGUUUAUACGAAGCUUCCCAAUUUAGAAUAAAUGGCGAACUCAUUCUUGAUGAAGCUUGUACUUUCACAACAUCGCAAUUGAAAUCUAUGGUGAGCCAAACAAGUACACACUAUGCCCAAUACAUCGAAAAUGCCCUCUAUUGUCCCUACCAAAGAGGGGUUCCAAGACUAGAAGCAAGGCAAUAUAUAUGUUUUUACGAAAAAGAUGAUGAUGAAGCAAGGAAUGAGACAUUACUAAAGUUUGCCAAGCAUGAUUUCAACCGGAUCCAAAUGAUGCUUCAACAGGAACUAAGCAACCUUUGUAGUGAGUGGAAAGAAGAAAAUAUGGAAUCAAGGCUUCCAUAUGCAAGAAAUAGAAUCGUGGAGUGCUUUUUCUCGGCAAUAGCGAUUUAUUUUGAACCAUGUUAUGCACGUGCUUGCAACAUAUAUGCUAAACUACUAACUUUAGUACUCAUUGAUGAUACUUAUGAUGCGUAUAAUACCUAUGAAGAACUCCAAUAUUUCACCGAUGUAAUCUAAAGGUUUAAUUUAUUUUUAAAAUUACUCUACUGUAUAUAAAUUCUUAUUAAUAUUCUAAUAAAUUAUGAUUAAAAUUAAUUGGUGG